UAAUAAAAACAAAACAGCUGCUUCGAAUGUGUUGGUAACGCUGAGAAUUCCAACUGUCAUACAAUCUCGUAACUUUAUAAUUACGAACAAAAAAAAUUCAAAAUGCAAAGACAAAUGGUAAAUCUGCUUGAAAAUGUGGCACGACAGGUGCGCAAUAAUCAACGCGCAUUCUCAGUGACGCCGAAACGUAGAGAAAUCUUCAAAGUACAAAGCCCCGAAGAGUUUGACAAGAAGGUGAAGAACAGCCAGGAGCCAGUCAUAGUGGAUUUCUUCGCAACUUGGUGCAAUCCCUGCAAGCUCUUGACGCCGCGCAUCGAAAGCAUUGUAGGCGAGCAGGCAGGCUCCAUAAAACUGGCCAAAGUUGACAUCGAUGAGCACAGUGAGUUAGCACUGGAUUACGAUGUAGGCGCUGUGCCCGUUCUUGUGAUCAUGCAAAAUGGAAAGGAAGUACAGCGCAUGGUGGGGCUGCAGGACGAGGACAAAAUACGCGCCUGGGUGGCCACAGCGGUGAAAAACGCAAAGCAAUAGGAGUCCAGACCGAAACAUCAGACAUGUUUUUAAGCUUUAAAUUCUUUUUACUCAAUCUGGGAUUUUCGAAAUAAAUGUUAUUAUUCGUUGCAAA